UCUCCAGUACUUCUUUUGCUUUCAUAUCUGGAUUUCAACAAUCAAUAUCAUCAUGUUCCUAUCAAGAUCUGUUUUGGGGGUUAUUUUCUUAUCUUCACUGCUUUUUCCUGUAAAUUCAAUCAGGUUGUUUAAAGCUGGGGAUGAAUCAGAUUUGUUCAUCGAGGCUCCAGUGUAUCGAAAUGGACCUCAAUGUUCUGUUUUGGCCGACCAAAGUUUGAUAUGUGACCCCUCCAUUGUUCAUAUUGCAAUGACAAUUGAUCCUGAGUACCUCCGAGGCACCAUUGCAGCAAUCCAUUCAGUUCUCAAACAUGGUUCAUGUCCACAAAAUGUGUUCUUGCAUUUCAUUGCCUCGGAUUCGAGCUCUGUCGACGCAAACCAGUAUACUCGGACUGUGAAGUCUGCAUUUCCAUCAUUGAGUUUCAAGGUUUAUGUUUUCCAUGAAAAACUUGUCAAGAAUCUCAUAUCAUCUUCAAUCCGCCUAGCUCUCGACAACCCUUUGAAUUACGCAAGGAGUUACUUAGCUGACAUACUUGAAACCUGCGUUGAAAGAGUGAUCUAUUUAGAUUCAGACACCAUUGUUGUGGAAGACAUACAAAAGCUCUGGAACAUAAAUUUGAUAGGUUCAAGAAUAAUUGGAGCACCAGAGUACUGUAAUGCAGACUUUGCCAAGUAUUUCACAAGUGAUUUCUGGUCAAACCAAGAAUAUGCCAAGGUUUUUAAAGGCAAAAAAGCUUGUUAUUUCAACACAGGUGUGAUGGUUAUGGAUUUGGGAAAAUGGAGACGAGGUGACUACACAAGGGAGAUUGAGAAAUGGAUGAGGAUUCGGAAAGAUAAAAGGAUCUAUGAACUGGGUUCUCUUCCACCAUUUUUGUUGGUUUUUGGUGGAGAUGUUGAAGCCAUCGAUCAUAGGUGGAACCAACAUGGUCUUGGUGGUGAUAAUUUGGUGAACAGUUGCAGGCCAUUGCACCCUGGUCCAGUAAGCUUGCUUCAUUGGAGUGGGAAAGGGAAGCCAUGGGUGAGGCUAGAUGCAAACAGACCUUGCUCGGUUGAUUUGUUGUGGGCACCUUAUGAUUUGUACAAAUUCCAGCAAAACCAACCAUUGGAUAGAUUUGGAUUUGAUUCUUUGUGAUUUAUUGUUUUAUUUGUUCAUCCCUCCACUCACUAUUGUAUUCUUUAGUC